AUGAGCACGAGAGGGGAGAUGUCUCCCCGCCGCUGCCGCCGCCGCCGCACCGGUCCGCCGUCUCCGCCGCCGGCCUCUCUGCCAGACGCCGACGACCUGCUCCGGGAAAUUCUCCUCCGCCUGCCCCCGCGGCCUUCCUCCCUCCCCCGAGCCUCCCUCGUCUGCAAGCGUUGGCGCAGCAUCGUCUCCGACCCCCAAUUCCAACGCCGCUUCCGCGCCCACCACGGCAAGCCCCCUCUCCUUGGCUUCUUCCUCGACAAUCCUUUCUCCUGCCCGUUUGUUCCAAUGCUGGAUCCACCGGAUCGCAUCCCCGGCGCUCGCUUCUCCAUGCCUCUAUACGAGAGCAACCGCAUCAUCGACUGUCGCCACGGACUUGUCCUCUUCCUCAGCCCAUGGCCGCCGCGCCGCCUACUUGUGUGGGACCCCGUCGCCCGCGAGCAGCGCCGCCUCAUCUCCCCACCUGAGCUGGACAUCGGGCAGAUGUUCAUCUUCAACGGGGCUGUGCUUCGCCCUGCACGCGGCCAAGGCUGCAGUUCAGGCCAUUUCCGGGUGGCCGUGGUAGCCCGUGACAGAGCAUGUACUAGAGUCUCCGUAUGCCUUUACUCAUCGGAGACUGGGAUAUGGAGCAACAUCAAAUCACUGCAGCUGAAUUUUUUACCUGUGGAACAAACCAGUACUUUGAUUGGGAAUUCCCUUUGCUGGUUACUUCCGGUGCGUCGUCAAAAUGUCAUACUUGAGUUUGAUCUGGAUAAGCACACCCUAACUGUGACAGAGCUGCCAGCACCUAUAGAACCCAACUAUAAAAAGUUAUGGAUUGUGCCGGCCGAAGAUGGUGGGCUUGGCUUCAUCCAUCUCUCACAAUUUCACGCCAAAUUAUGGAAGAGAAAGCCUGAUUCUAAUGGUUUGGAUGUUUGGGUGCUCAAUAAAGCUAUUGAGUUUGAGGAGCUCAGACCAACUUGCAUUGGAUACUCUCUCGCUUUAGUGGGGUUUGCCGAGGAGAGUAAUGCAGUCCUUGUACAGACAGAUUCUGGUGUCUUCAUGGUUUAUCUCCGGUCAACGGGGUUUAAGAAACUUUCCAAUCUGAGUGUCUUCUGUCUCCAUUAUCCAUUUGAAUAUUUCUAUCCUGCAGGUACUGGCAUUGGUGAUGGACAUGGUGGAGAUGAGGUGUUCAACAAUAUAUGA